AUGCUGCUGGGGACUCUGUGCCAGUCACUGAACCCUCUCAGUGAGACGUUUGCGUGCGACUCAUCCUGUGGUGCUAUUGAGGAUGGAUUGUCCAGACCGUUGUCUGACCUGGUAGGAGUGUUUUUUGGAAGUGACCUGUUGAGUAGGGCUGAAUUGGAGCCUUGUUUGCGUGCUGUGGCUAUUUUAGACAACUUGAAUUUCAUUAGAACAAUAAUACAUGUUCUUUUGUUUUCUCCCUCAGAUAAGCUACUAGUUUUUACUGUAGCAACUAAAGAAACCGAUGGCUUUCAUCGUUUCAUGCGAACCGCAAAGCACUUCAACUACACAGUAAAGGUGCUUGGAAAAGGUGAAGAAUGGAAAGGUGGUGAGCUGCCUAACUCUAUUGGUGGAGGGCAGAAAGUUCGACUGCUGAAAGAAGGCAUGGAAAGCUAUGCUGAUCAAAAGGACUUGGUUGUAAUGUUUGUUGAAUGCUAUGAUGUUAUUUUUGCGGGGGGCCCUGAAGAACUGCUAAAGAAAUUUCAGGAAUCUAAUCAUAAAGUGGUGUUUGCAGCGGAUGGAUUAAUUUGGCCAGAUAAAAGGCUAGCUGACAAGUAUCCUGUUGUUCGGAGUGGAAAACGAUUCCUGAACUCAGGAGGAUUUAUUGGUUAUGCUCCAUAUAUAAAUCGUAUUGUGCAGCAAUGGAAUCUGCAGGAUAAUGAUGAUGACCAGCUGUUUUACACCAAAAUCUAUGUUGACCCAUUGGCAAGGGAAAGCAUUAAAAUUACUUUGGACCACAAAUGUACAAUUUUCCAGACCCUAAAUGGAGCCGUUGAUGAAGUCCUUUUGAAAUUUGAAGAAGGAAGAGUAAGAGCAAGGAAUUCAGUGUACGACACAUUACCAGUCACUGUUCAUGGAAACGGUCCAACUAAAAUUCACUUGAAUUAUUUGGGAAACUAUAUUCCUAAUGCUUGGACACGGGAAACUGGUUGCAGUAUUUGUGACUUAGACUUACUAGACCUGUCAACAGUAACGGAAUAUCCAAGAGUAAAAAUUGGUGUUUUCAUUGAACAACCCACUCCUUUCCUACCUAAAUUUUUAGACAGAUUAUUGACUCUGGACUACCCAAAGGAGGCACUCAGUAUCUUCGUUCAUAAUAAUGAGGUUUACCAUGAAAAGCACAUCAAGAAAUUCUGGGAAAAAGCCAAGAACAUUAUCAGAAAUAUAAAAAUUGUUGGACCUGAAGAAAAUCUGAGUCAAGCAGAAGCCCGGAACAUGGGAAUGGACCUUUGUCGCCAGGAUAAAGCGUGUGACUAUUACUUCAGCAUAGAUGCAGAUGUCGUGCUGACAAACCCAAAAACUUUAAGAAUACUGAUAGAACAGAACAGAAAGAUAAUUGCUCCGCUUGUAACUCGUCAUGGGAAGCUUUGGUCCAAUUUCUGGGGUGCUUUGAGCCCGGAUGGCUAUUAUGCUCGAUCAGAAGAUUAUGUUGAUAUUGUCCAAGGGAACAGAGUUGGAGUAUGGAAUAUUCCUUACAUGGCUAAUAUAUACUUAAUUAGGGGACAAGCUCUCAGGUCGGAAAUGAAAGAGAAGAACUAUUUUAUGCGUGAUAAGUUGGAUCCCGAUAGCAGGAAUGCCAGGGAAAUGACUUUACAAAGGGAAAAAGACUCCCCUUCUUCGGAAACAUUCCAUAUGCUCAGACCCCCAAAGGGUGUUUUCAUGUACAUUACCAACAGACAUGAAUUUGGAAGACUUAUUUCUACAGCGAAUUACAAUACAUCCCACUACAACAACGACCUCUGGCAGAUAUUUGAAAAUCCUGUGGACUGGAAGGAAACUUAUAUAAGCCCCAACUACUCAAAGAUCUUCACUGAUAAUAUAGUAGAACAGCCAUGCCCAGAUGUGUUUUGGUUUCCCAUAUUUUCUGACACUGCCUGUGAUGAAUUGGUAGAAGAAAUGGAACAUUUUGGACAAUGGUCUGGUGGAAAACACCAAGACAGCCGUAUUUCUGGAGGUUAUGAAAAUGUCCCAACUGAUGACAUUCAUAUGAAGCAAAUUGGACUGGAUAAUGAAUGGCUACAUUUCAUAAGAGAGUUCAUUGCACCGGUAACACUAAAAGUGUUUGCUGGCUAUUAUACCAAGGGGUAUGCUUUACUGAAUUUUGUUGUAAAAUAUAGCCCUGAUAGACAACGGUCACUCAGACCUCAUCAUGACUCCUCUACAUUCACAAUCAACAUCGCUCUCAACAAAGUAGGAGAGGACUUUCAAGGAGGUGGAUGUAAAUUUCUUAGGUAUAACUGCUCCAUUGAGUCUCCCAGGAAGGGAUGGAGUUUCAUGCACCCGGGAAGACUUACUCAUUUACAUGAAGGACUUCCUAUCUUGAAUGGCACAAGAUACAUUGCAGUAUCAUUUAUUGAUCCUUAAUUUUAUUUUUUUUUUUGCCUUCUUCAGCUGUGUUUGAUUCUUUACAUAAACAUUUAUUUAUAGAUUUCUCUGAAAGAUGGUGAUAAAAGAAACUUUAAGUUCACUGUUCCUAGACAGCAAAGUUACUUUGGGCUAAAAGAAUGAAAAAAAGAAAAUGUUCUGAAAUUGUUGAAGAUUUCUCAGUAUCUGCUCUGAGCCUUGGGUCACAAAGUAAACAUGUCCUGCUUAUUUUUCCAUUCUGCUGUCUUAGAGAGUAGGUAAAGAGGGAAAAUGGAAAAGCAUUUUAUAAUGAAUCCUUUUCUUUGUUGAAAAAAAACCCCAAACAACCAUAGAUACAAAAUUACCUGAAAAAUUUAUUGUGGUUUUCUUUCAGUAAAGUGUCACAGCUAAAGUUUUUGUGAUGUGUAUAUUUGGUACCAACCAAUUAAAAAUCACAGCAUAAAAGCAAAAUCCAUUCAAUCUUGUAUACAGUUGUU